AUGGCGGCUUCUUCCUCGUCAUCGCAAUCAAGGUAUCAGGCUUUCAGCCCUCUGCUCUCUAUUGAGCCAUCGUCUGACGUUUUGUUGGACUCGGAUAUUCAGUCUUCUCCUUUCACCGAAUCCCGCGAGAGCUACGACAUAAAUACUCGAAGACCUCCGGCGACGCUAAGACGCGUGGGACCUCAACGCAGAAAGAACUGGAUUUUGUACGAGUUAUACCUGGAGAGAGAAUUUUUAGGAUGGUGGGAGAAAACCGAAUAUGGCCACAAGCUAAACGGGGACGGUCAGUCCCAAAUCAAGUGGUCUACCGAGUCGCGUCAUGCCGACGCUUGGAAACACUUUGACCAGGUAGCCGAUAUCGAUUCUGGGCGCCCACGAGUCCUUUGUAAAGCCUGUCUUACUUUGCUUGAUCAUCCACAGUACAAAGGCAAUGGGACAAGUGCUAUGAGUAGACACCAAAAGUCAAAUUCCUGCCGCAAGGGAAAGAAAAGAGGAUCUCAUCAAACACUAAUCCCCGAUUCGUUGCAAAACCAUUCCAUGAGGGAGUCGGCCAAUGUGCACAAGGUAACAACAUUCCAACUUGAGGAGCAGUUGUUAAAGACUAUUACCUGUCUUCGGUUGCCAUUCCAAACAGUGGAGAACCCUGUGUUCCAGAGGCUGCUUAACCUCGAGUCGCAAUUGCAAGAUCUGCCUGAAGACGCUAAGGUGUCACUCGCGUUAGAUUGUUGGACCAGUCCAUUCCAGCAAGCAUUUAUGGCAAUCACAGUCUAUUUCAUUAACAAAGAUUGGAAUUACCGAGAAAUGCUCCUUGGCUUUGAACCAUUGCACGGUCCCCACACAGGGAACAACCUCAGUGAUGUUCUCCAUCAGUUACUGAAGGAACGUGGACUCUUAGAUCGCAUCUUUAGCGUCACGACAGAUAAUGCGUCCAACAAUAAGACGUUGAUCCGCGCUUUGCAAGAAAAAUUGAUCUCUACUGGCGCGAUUGGCUCCAGGGAAUCCAUUAUCCGGGUUCCUUGUAUGGCCCAUAUGAUCCAGCUUUACCUAAAGCAGCUUUUAGGGCAUAUUAGAGCAGCGCCCAAGAACAAAGAAGUAAAGACCUUUUGGUCUGAUACUCAAGUCAUCGGUUUAAGAGACUCAGCAAGCCACGGAGAUGUGGCUCAUACCCUGGCAAAGAUUCGGUCAUUUGCGGUAUUUGUCAAUGCAAGCCCACAACGGCGAGAUACAUUUUUAUGUCUUUAA